UCACAUUUUCUGAUUAGAUUUUUUAAUUUAUUUUAAAAUUUGUAUUAUAUCUAUAAAACAUAAAGAUGUCUCUAUCGCCAGCCAGUGGCAUUGGCCGCUUCUACGCCAAGUCGGCCAAGAUCAUACGAUUCGUGCGCCUGGGCUGCACCAACCGGCCUUUUUACCACAUCGUCGUAAUGGAGAGACGCAAAAACCAGCACCAGCCUGUCAUCGAGCAGGUUGGCUCCUUUGAUCCCCUGCCCAACGAUUUCAACGAACGUUUGGUGUCCCUGAACACGGAGAGGAUUCGUUUUUGGCUGGGAAAGGGCGCCCAUUUGUCCACGCCGGCGGCCGAGCUCCUGGGGAUCGCUGGUCUACUGCCUGUCCAUCCACGUACCUACAUGUCCGCCUGGCGGAACCGGAGGGCAGCUGCCGAGGCGGAGGCGACGGCAGAGAAGGCGGAAUCAACCGCCUGAAGAUCGCACAAACUUAAUUCUUCAAUAAAAAGCUCGUUUUCGUUUUCGUUUUUACGUUUAA